UCGUCAAACGUGAUCAGUUUUAGCUGUGAGCAUCUGAACUCCUGAGGGUUGUCUCCGUGUGCAAAGACAAGGCAAACUUUCCAGCAGCAUUCGAGCAGGAUUGACGGUAGCUGAUUUAAAUAUCGUUUCAUGUCUGUGAUACUUUGAAUGGAAGAACAGAACUGUGGAUUAAAGUCUCAGAAUUGAGUUAGGUAGCCGAGCUGGUUCACCGGAGAGUGCUGUCAGUGUCCACCAAAACCAUGGCUUCUGCGACCUCCACCCCUGCCGCUCCCGGGAGCCGCUCCGCCAGUCGCCGCAGCGCCGCCGCCGGCCUACCCUCAUCCAGCACCAGUCCUACUCGCUUAUCCCGCAUCCAGGAAAAAGAUGAGCUGCGAUCUCUCAACGACCGCCUUGCCAAUUAUAUUCAGCGGGUUCAAGAGCUGGAGAGUGAGCGGUCCUUCAUGCUUACUCAGCUGGAGGAAAAGGAUGAGUCGAAAAGCCGGGAGAUGGGCAAUGUGCGACGGCUGUACGAGGAGGAGUUGGCCGAUGUCAGAAGGUCCCUGGACGGACUGGCUAGCGAGAGGGCCCGGCUUCAGAUCGACUAUGGAAAUCUAGGCGAUGAGUACAGGAGAUUAAAAGCCAGGAACCAGAAGAAGGAGAGUGAUCUGGCUACUGCAUUGUCCCAGUUAAGGAAGGCUGAGGCUGCCCUGAGCUCCAAGGAUGCUGAGUACACAAAGCUUCUGUCUGAUAACAAAAGACUAAAUGAAGACUCCACUGAUCUGCAGGGGCAGCUGGAAAAUGUAGAGCACACACUGGAUGACAUGAAGAACCAGCUUAGCUCUGAAAUCCUGAGGAGGGUAGCUCUUGAGAAUCAGGUGCAAACGCUUAAAGAGGAACUUGAACUCCAGAGGAACAUCCGCGAGCAGGAGACCACUGAGCUACGACACAGACAUGAAAGCCAACUAAUUGAACUUGAGUCGGGAAGACAAAGAGAGUUUGAGAGUAAACUUGCCCAGUCAAUGCAGAAGCUCCGCCAGGACCAUGAGUCUCAGCUGCAGCAGUACAAGGAAGAGAUGGACAAAACCUACAGUUUAAAGUUACAGAAUGCUGAGCAGGUGGCGCUGGAGAAAAACAAAGUUGCAUCAGCCACCAAUGAUGAACUUGAAACAACAAGGUCAAGAUUGAAAACCCUCAGCUCUCAGCUCCAACAGUAUCAGAAAGAUAAAAGGAUGCUGGAGGGCCGCUUUCAGGACUUGGAGAGAACACUGGACAGUGAGCGAGAUGUUUGGCAGCAAAAACUUGGUCAGAAGGAGCAGGAGCUGCUGAGCUUGAGAAGCCAGAUGUACACCCAGCUGGAAGACUAUGAGAACCUGUUGGACAUCAAGUUGGCUCUGGACAUGGAGAUUAAUGCCUACAGAAAGAUGCUGGAGGUGGAGGAACAGAGACUGCAGCUGUCUCCCAGCCCCUCCCAACAUGCAGCUUUACCUCGAACCCAUGAACAGAGCAGCCGCCGAAUCAGAGGGAAAAAACGGAAACAUGAAGGAGCCUCUGGCAGCUCACCAGCCUACAAAAUGCCCACUCAUUCCAUGGAGCAGGGGGCUGUUUGUGUGGCAGAGAUAGACAUGGAAGGGAAAUAUAUAAAACUGAAGAACAACUCUGAGACGGAGCAGCCACUGGGUGGCUGGGUGGUUCGUAGGAUGUACCGAAAGUCUGAGGACAUCUCCUUCCACAUCCCUUCCUCUUGCAUUUUAGCUUGUGGGGAAACGCUCACAAUCUGGGCAGAAGGUGCAGGUGCAGAGGCUGAUUCUGGAGAUCUGAUUUUGCAGGGUCAUAGGAGCUGGGGCCCCAUCACUGAUGUAAGGGUCAUCCUCCUGAACUCUGACCAUGAAGAAGUAGCUGAGCGCAGGAUGUGUCUGCAGGGCAGAAGUGAAGAGGAAACGGAGCUAGAGUUUGAUGAAGAGUUUGUUGCAGGUAGUGACAUCCAGCAUUAUCACAGACAGAAGCCAAAGAGAAAGAAGAAGUGCUGCUCUGUCUCUUGAGCACAGAGCAGUGUAAAUGAGGAUCUGCCAAAGGAAGCCAGCUGCCUCGUUAUGUGACUGCUUUUCCAACUCCUGCUACCCUUAUUAUUUGCUAUAUUUGCACAAGACUAGACGUGAACUGUGCCUUGAUUUUAUUUUACAGUGUGUGUGUGUGUGAGAGAGAAAAUUAAAACCCUUGUUAUAAUAAUAAAGUACUAUAAAGUCACAA